UACCUUCCCAUUUACGCAAUAACAAAUAUGGCCGAGUUAACAGUCGCUGCACUGCUGACCGCUUCGUUUUUCAUGAAAAAAGCCGUCAGGAAAAAUUGUUUUACUUUGCCAGUGCUCGUUUUCGUUGCAUUUGUACCUCAGUUAGCUUCAGCAGAAAAAAGAAUUUUGAUUGAAGUUACAAAGGCGGAGAAAACAGCAUUCAAACGUUUGACAGCUGGUAGCCAGUCAAGCGGAACUGAAGAUGUCAACGUAUUUGAUGCUAGAAUUUGGGGGAAAAUGCUCGAUAUCGGCCGUGAAAACAAUGUUGAUGGUAGAAUGCAUCUGCUGCCUGCCAACUGUGCAGAGGAUGAAGGUAGUUUUGCACGAUUACCUGAUGGUUGGGUAGCAGUUUUGAAUUACACAGAGAAGCUGGCAGUCAGUACUGGUGGUGGAACUGUAGGGGAGUGCCCCAGUGUUGUGGAGAGGAUGAAAAGAGCAUUGAUGUUUGGGGCCUCAGCCAUUAUAAUAUUGACUUUGAACCCGAAAAUCAUCAAAGAGAUUGAUUUAAGCCAGAUGUUUUCAAAGCCAGUGGCAUUAGUUGACAUAUCAGAAAAUAUCACAAAUAUGCUAAACUUGCUGUCAAGCAAGAUGAGACUGAAAACAAGAUUUUUAUACAACAUAGUAAAGGAUAUUCAGAAUAGUCAGGAUUAUUUUACCACAGUAACCUUAUGGGGUACCUGUGGGCGGUACAGUGGGAGAAGCUACCAUGAGUGGGAUGGUGUUGUGUGUUUAGGGGAAGAUAAAAAUACAAAUAUGGAGGGAAAGGUAGAUCAGGAGAAUUUUUGGAACUAUUUUUACACGGGAAUCUUGUUUCUGAUGAUGAUGCAUUAUAUACGGACAAGGAGAGGACAGAACUGGGAGGAUCCUGAUUAUAUAGAUGAAACCCUCCGUCAAAUAGCAUACCAAGCAUUAGCUGUGAUGAAAAUAAAAAGAUACUCACCAGAUGGGACAAAUGAUACAUGUGCAAUAUGUCUUGAAAAGUUCUUCCUAAAACAGAAAUUACGGGUGCUACCAUGUGGGCAUUACUUCCAUACCAAAUGUGUUGAUCCAUGGUUAGUUAGAAGUCAUACAUGUCCUUUAUGUAAACUUAAUGUAAUUGAAAAGCUAGAAAGUUGACCUGCAGUAGGAACAUUAGUGCACAAGUUCUAAACUUUGUAUGUAAAUAAGACUUCCAGUGGAUACUAGAAAGGUGGAAACAAUAAUUUCUUACACUGCAGGAGUAUAGAAAAAGAGAGAAAUGGUUAAUUUUAUUGUCCCUGAUAUUUAAUUUGUUAGAUUUUAGGACAUCCUUCCUUGGACACUCCUUCAACUUGUCUAAAAAAUCUUUAAAAACAACUUUAAAAUCAUUUUCAUAAAUGAAUAAAUUUGGUGACAGAUAAUAUAACUGUCCGGAUUUUUUAAUUUGUAGAGAUACUUAUUUACUACAAAUUAUAUCCAUAGGAAUAAGUUUUAGGAAUUAACAGAUUUUAGUAGGAUUUUGUUUAUGUUCUUUUUCAUGUAGAUAAAGUAUGUCUUCUUUUAAACAACCAACACUUAAAGAAUAUACACGUAUCUUAUUUCAAAACAUUAAUUGUACUUAGAUAUGGCAAAGUCUACUUAAAAACAAUACAGUGAUAUCUGACUACAUUUUGGCAAGGGUUGCCAUUAGGUACUGUAGAUAGUCUAUAAUAUGGAACCCUUUUGGAGAGUGAAAUUAAAUUUGAAAAAUGUAAAAAUGUCAAUAAUUUUCAUCUUUUUUCGAGAAUAUACAGAGUUUUAUGUAACAUAACUGACAAUUUUAGACUUUGAAAAAGUCCAAUUUGGAAUGGAUUCCGGAUUAUGGUGUUUUUGGAUAACAUAGUUUCUAUUCUAUAUAUUCCUGCAAGAAUCAAGUAAAUUGGAACACCUUUGGUCUUAAUUAAGCAGAACGCCAUGUAAACUAAUUUCUCUGUAAACAGAGCAAGUUGUUUUUUUAUUUCACUUUAAUUUCUGGUAUGACUUCAAACACAUCAAAAGAACUUUAUGAAUGUUUUGUUUUCACCUAGUUCUUUUCUAUGAAAAGUUUAAUUGAAAUCAUUUUCCUUUUCAUUUUGUGUGUACUUUUUGCAUGGCUAUACAUCAGAUCUGUUUCUUUUUGUUGUUUUUGUGUGUCUUAGAAUUCAGCAAAAUGAUUUUAUCUUCAAAUAUUUUAAUUGUUUUUGUUAAGUAAAAUUUUUGUUUGUUGAUUAAAAGGAAGUUCAUGUAUUUUUUUCGAAUGUUGUUUUGUUGUUGAAACCAUGUGUUGUGUUAUUUAUAUUUGAGCCCCGUCAUGACAAAACCAACAUAGUGGGUUUGCUACCAGCAUGGAUCAAGACCAGCCUGCGCAUCUGCGCAGUCUGAUCAGGAUCCAUGCUAUUCGCUAUCAGCUAGUUGCUCUACUUGUUAUAAGGUUUGUAAGCGAACAGCAUGGAUCCUGAUCAGACUGCGUGGAUGCGUAGGCUGGUCUGGAUCCAUGCUAGUCGCAAACCCACUAUGUUGGUUUUGUCAUGACACGGCUCAUAUUUAGUGCUAAUCUUUUAUUUCUACUCAAAUACACCACAAAGUGCUUCUAAUGAAUUCUAAUUGAAGAAAUACUAGAUAUCUGUUCUUUUCACUGAAAUUUUUCUUGUGCUUACUUGUUAAAUAUUUUAUUGUUAGUCCAUUUUCAUUUUUAGAUUUUGAAUGGUAUAAAAUCAUUUUUACUUGGAUUUUUUUUUGUUUGAAUAUUUUACCGCCCAUUGUGGCAGAGGGGUUGCUGUGAAUGUUUGAGGCAUUAUAAUUGCAUCUACCCUUUAUCCCUUCAUGAGACGACGGCUAAAUGAGUCAUACAUUUCUAAGCACCAGCAAGUGAGAUGGUUUUGACCCUUGGUGUUGUUUUGAAGUUUGUAACACCCAGUUAGCCAAAAUUAUCUUUCCUGUUUCGGCGCCAUAUCUCCUAUUCUGUAUUGAUGCGCUGUAAAAAAUAUUUUCCUGUACCAUGUCGUUAUCAUUGCUUUGUCCUUCUACUGCUGAAUUUUCGGAAUAUACUUGUCCAAAUUCUACUUAUUAAUUUAAGGGGUAUUACAAUUGAACAUUUGGCA